CUAAACACAUCAAAAUAGCUUAAAUUAAGCUGAAAGCUGAAAUAAGCAGCUUUUAAGCUGCACCAAACAGGCACGAUGUGAAGGUGGUUUUUUGGAAGUCAAGAAUGGAGGCUACAUAAGUUUUUUUUUCAAUUUAGGGUGGUUGUAUAUUAAGCUUGCCAUUUAUGUUUAUGGUUGAUGGUUGGCAAGCAAAGGUUGAACCUUGGCACUCCCGUUUGUGUAUAAAAUGGGAAGAGGUAGUUGAGUUAGAUCAUCAAAAAGAGAAGGAAACACAGAGAGUGUAAUCUGUGAGUGAGAGUGCUAUAGAGAGAGACAGUGAGGUGUGAGUGUUGUAGAACUCCCUCUGAGAAAAAUUUUAUAGUGGAUAUCUCUCUCGUGGACGUAGACUAUUGCCAAACCAUGUAAGUAUCUUGUCUCUUUUCUGUGUGUGAUUGAUUUCUAGUGUGCCUUAAUCCUAACAAAUUUCUCUCUGAUUAGGCUUGUGACCGAACCAGUCCACUCUAAAUUUUGAAGCCACAAUAGGUCUCAUUAGGAUGAUUUGAGCAAUUUAUACUAUCUAUUUUUUUAAAGACAAUAAAAUUAUGACUGUAACUAUUGGAUCAAUUUAAUUUUUUUCAUGAAUAAUUUAUGUACAUAGAGAUAAAAAAAAAAAUAAACAAUUUGAAUCAACUUACGGGCCCUGUUGUGGACCCAAAAUACUAGACAAUGGUCUUUUUCACUCCACAAAUAAUUUACAAAUUUGAUAAGCAUGGUUUGAUUUCAUAGGAAUUGGUCUUCUGACAGUUCCCUAUGCCCUCUCAAGUGGUGGUUGGUUGAGCUUACUACUAUUUUUCGUAGUCGCUGCCAUGACCUUCUACACUGGACUACUACUGAAGACGUGUCUUGAUGCUGAUCCAUCCAUUAGAUCUUACCUUGACAUUGCCGAACGAGCAUUUGGCAAUACAGGCCGAAUCAUAGUCACAAUCAUCAUGAACUCGGAGUUGUACCUAGUUGGAACAGGCCUCUUGAUACUUGAAGCUGACAAUUUACAUAAACUCUUCCCAAAAUUCAUGAUCAAGAUCGGAGCACUGACUAUUGAGGGAACACAGUCGUUUGUUUUUAUCACUGCACUUGUGAUUCUGCCUUCGAUGCUGUUAACUGACCUCAGCAUACUCUCCUAUGUCUCAGCCACAGGGGUGUUCUUUUGCCUCAUUAUCUUCAUCUCUGUUGUGUGCGUUGGUGCUUUCAAUGGUGUUGGUUUUCAUGAGAAAGGAAAGUUGGUGGAUGUGGGUUUCCUACUGCUGUCAGCUUGUGCAUUGUUUGUUUUGCUGGACAUCCAAUUGUCCCUUCCGUGUACACUUCCAUGCGAGCUGCAUAUCAAUUCAAUAAGGUCUUGUUAUCAAGCUUUACUGUCACAACUAUCACCUACAUGUCAAUAGCGAUCGUGGGGUAUCUCAUGUAUGGGAACGAUGUCGAAUCACAAAUUACGUUGAAUCUACCAACAGGGAAAGCUAGUGCAGAAGUAGCGAUUUACACCACUUUGCUUAUUCCAAUUACAAGAUACGCAUUGAUGCUAACCCCGGUGGCAAACGGCAUAGAAAACGGAUUAUCAGAAAAUUACAAGAACCGGACACCUGUUAGGUUGCUGAUCAGAAUGGUAUUGUUGUUCAGCACAGUAGUUCUGGCUUGUGUGUUUCCAUAUUUUGAGUCCUUGAUGGCCAUUGUUGGAUCAAUCUUUGUUGUUCUAGCUUCAUUCGUGCUUCCAUGCCUGUUCUACUUGUAACGCCCUCAAAAAUAAACCCAUAAUAUCAUACAGUCAAGUUACAGGAAAGAGAUAUUAUAUUACUAUCA